AAUUUUUAAGUUUUUAUUUUUGUCUUCAUUCUAAAUCACAUGACAUGAGAUCCACAAAAUGGCUUCUACUAUCCGAUCUUCCUUUCGACAUGAAGGUCACAUGUUUUUCAUUUACAAUCAUAAAAAGAAAACAGAGGAAGAUGAUCCUAAAGAUGCCAUUCUUUACUUUUAUCCCCGUACAAUAGAAGUGAAUGACAGAAUAGCAUUAGUAGGAGGAAUAAUUGGUUUGGCUGAUUUUUGUUUGGAAUUUAUGCCUCAAUGUAUACCAAGUAUAGUCAAGUUGUCUGGCCAUACUUUUGCUUUGUUACAACAUGAAGAGUUUAUCAUAGGUUUAACAGGGAGCCCUGAUCUCCCAGACAAGUUUUUAAUAUCCCACAUGCAGUUUGUUUGGUCAACGUUUGUUUUUUACCAAGGCAGCCUUGAAGCUAUUCGGGAGAGGGUAUCAGAUGCUAAUUUCUUGAAGGAGUUAGAUAGAGUUUGGGACAUGUAUCUUCCACUUUGCCAAAUCCAAGGAGAUUCAUUGUCUCAAGCCUUCCAAGUUUUGCCAUAUGUACAGUUGCACAAGAGUCAAGGAAGUCUCUUUUUACAUGCAUCCCAUAUUCUACAGAGAGCUUUACGUCACAAAGGAGUAAUUGCAGGAGCUCUUUUUAACAGAAACAAAGUACUUUGUUCGCAGUUAAAUAAUAACUUAACACGGCAACUGCUGCUUCUAAUGUCCCACAGUCAGUUCCCUUGUGUUGAAGCCAAUUCAAUUCUUGAGUUGCCAGGCGGAGUCCGUCUGCUGUAUGUUUACUUGCCACAAGAAGAGUUUGCUUCCCUUGGGCACCGGAGAAAAAAGGCAUAUAUAUUUUCUUCAUCACAGAAAGGAAACAACGAUGAGACAACUCAGAGUGAGUUUCAGCCAGGGAAAAACAACGAAUCUUUUAGUUUUCUCCAGGGUCAUCGUUACCCGAGGGUCAAAACUUCUGACGGUGGUACCAGCAGCGGUGCAGAGUUAGGAGAAACUCACAGCAGCGAUGCAUCGCCUUUGUUAAAACACAGGUCCACGUCUCUCCCGGUGUCCCCAACAGCCACGGUGACGUCGGGUACUGAUUCUGAGGUGUUUCUGGACACACUGUCCGAGCUGAACUUUGAGACCAACCAGAAGCUGGGUGACAUCAAAGAGUUGGUCUGUACACCCAACAAGUGCUCAAGUCCUAUGGUAGCUGAUAACUCUACGUCCAUGAGCUCUCCAGUGGAAGAAAGUCAAUCUAGUGCCCAUCUAGAAUCACAUUCACACAUCUUUACUGGAUCUCCUGGAGAAAGUAGCAAAUCAACAGAAGAAAGUAUCAAAACUACAGGAGAAAGUACCAAAACUACAGAAGAAAGUAGCAAAACUACAGAAGAAAGUAGCAAAACUACAGAAGAAAGUACCAAAUCAGCAGAAGAAAAUAGUGAUACCGUAGAAAAAAGUAGCAAAGCAGUUGAAUCACAACUCACUGAUCCAAACUGUACUAUAAAUAGCACAAUGUCUUCUGUAGAAAAAAAUGGAUUGGAUACAGAACUUGUAUCUAUAAAUUCUCUGUCCAAAACUGAUUCAUUGUUACCCAUUGAAGGUGAUGUAACAGCACAAAAAGAACCUGUACAGCAAACCUCAGCUAAUAUUUUACCUGAUCUUCACCAACUAGUUGGUCAGGAUCAGUCAGUCUUAAAACAUGAAAACAUUGCAGACAAAACAGAUAAUGUUCCUAUUGACUCAAACACCAAUGGGUGUUCUCCUAACUCUAUAGACACUGUUGAUGCUGUUUUAACUUGUGAAAUAGAGUUAUCUGCCUUAAACUCUUUAGGACCCAGUAGUGUUUCAUCCAUUUCAGUGCGUGAACCUUCCAAUGCAUAUAAUUCAAUUUUUAAUUUGGAGAGAAACAAGAACAUUGCAACUUGCCCCACUAGCAUGGAGGCAUUUGUAGCCACUGAUCUGAAUAAUGAAACUGUCUUUGAGCGAAUAGAAGAGUUGACUGAUGUAAAAAAAAUUGUUUCUAGCACAUCAAGUUUAAAGACAUCAUCAUUUGAUUCUGAGAGUGAAAGGACUUCAUCUGGAAGUCAGGGUAAAGACAACUGUAAAAACACAUCCGACAGAAACAAAGAAAACGUCAACACAUCACUGUACGCAGGUUUCAGCGGAGACGAGUCAUCAGCGCAGUCAUCGUCUGACGUCAAGCAGGAUCCAGAGGGCUCUCAGCUUUCAUUAAUAUGCGACCUAAGUCUGAAUAAAGAUCGUUUAACUUUCGUCGCAGUUGACAGUGAGAACUCAGACUACGGCAUCACGUCCAGAUUGUCUGAGAUGAGCCCAAUAUCCCCGACAGCCGAGCAUUCUGGGCGCUCACUUGAAAUCAACCAGCAGUCUGGUUCAGAGGAAGUAGAGUUUUCCAGUCAUUCCACACCCAGUGCUACAGCUGGCCUGGGUUUGAAUCUCAGUAGUGAGGUAAAAUCUACCUCAGAAGCAUCAGAUUUCAAACAUUCUAAUAGUAGUGAAACAAAAUGGAGUCUGAGGAACAAUGGGCUACAGGAAGUGACCCUGUAUGCACAAGGUCACUCUGACACACUUCUGGUGCUUUUAUUGUCUAGGAAUUUAAAGUGUGGGAAAUCUUACAUCAGCUCUCUGUGGAAAUCUUGCCUUUCUCACCUGGCUGAGCUAGACUUUGAAGUGAAGGAUGCUGAACGUCAUGUUAAGGAUGAUAAUGAGAAUGUCGGCUCAACAUUCCAGUACAUCAGAUAUGAUUCUUUCACCCAGAGCUUGAAGGGCUCAGCACUUUUACCUGUAACAAGUCUGGCCAAUGAAAUAGUUGACACAAGUGUAAAAAUGCAUGAAUGUUUCAUGAACUCGCCAGAUUUGCAGGAAGUAACCUACAGAUCUCACUCCUCCUCCUGUUUUGGCCGUAGAACUGUCAACACUGAGACUUACUUUCAGCUUCCUUUGCCUCGCUCUGCUGGAGGCAUCUGCUCACCAGAAGACAGUACUUUCAUGCUGGACCAAAAUGCUGAAAGGUUCUUUUUAAAAGAGGCCAAGAUAUAAAAAUAAUAUUCAAGAUAACAGCUAGACUAGUUGAGCUCAUUCUUAACUUGUGAAUGAUGGCCUUAGUUGUAGGACAUCAAAUUAUAGUACACAUGAAU